ACUGCAUUGAAACCAAUCUGCACCGGUAAUUGCAACAUUCUUCAAAGCUCUAUCCACUUCGAAAACCAAACACUUUUAACUCAAAUUACUCAAACCAAUGGCUCCUACACUUGCCGAUCCAUUCAGUGAUUCCUCAGCUCUUACUGAUUUCGUUAUCAAUCAAGGGAAUGGAGUUAAAGGUUUGUCUGAAAUGGGACUCAGAGCCCUCCCUAAGCGAUAUAUCCAACCUGUGGAAGAAAGGAUGUGUAUGACCAACAUCAUAGUCCAAGAAUUCAUUCCCAUCAUUGAUAUGUCAAAGUGGGAAGACCCCAAAGUGGCGAAAUCAAUUUGUGAUGCUGCAUCAAAAUGGGGUUUCUUCCAGAUUGUUAACCAUGAUGUGCCUGUCGAAGUGCUGGAGAAGGUUAAAGAUGCUACUUAUAGGUUCUUUGGGUUACCUGCUGAGGUAAAAAAUAAGUAUUCCAAGGAACAUUCCUCUUCAAACAAUGUAAGAUUUGGCACAAGUUUUAGCCCUCAAGCAGAGAAGGCUCUCGAGUGGAAAGAUUACCUUAGCCUGUUUUACGUCUCUGAAGAAGAGGCUUCUGCAUUGUGGCCUUCUGUCUGCAGGGAGCAAGUGCUAGAUUACAUGAAAAAGUCUGAAGUUGUCAUCAAACAGCUAUUGCAGGUGUUAAUGAAAGGUCUGCAUGUGAAUGAGAUUGAUGAAACAAAAGAAUCGUUGUUGAUGGGUUCAAUGAGGACUAACCUUAACUACUAUCCCAUCUGUCCAAGCCCUGAACUCACCGUUGGAGUAGGGCGUCACUCUGAUGUCUCGACUCUCACAAUUCUCCUUCAAGAUGAGAUUGGGGGACUUUAUGUAAGAGGAAACCAGGGUGAUAACUGGAUCCAUGUUCCUCCAAUCAAAGGUUCCCUUGUGAUCAAUGUUGGAGAUGCAUUGCAAAUAAUGAGCAAUGGCAGGUACAGGAGUGUUGAACAUCGUGUGGUCGCCAAUGGAAGAAAGAACAGAAUUUCUGUCCCCAUUUUUGUCAAUCCUAGACCAGGUGAUAUGAUAGGACCAUUGCCUGAAUUGGUCGCAAGCGGUGAGAAGCCAAUUUACAAGCAAGUUCUUUAUUCAGAUUAUGUUAAACAUUUCUUCCGCAAGGCGCAUGAUGGGAAGAAAACAGUUGAAUUUGCUGAACUCUAAAACAUAAUUCUUUCUUAUGUUCUUCAGCCAUUGUAAGCUUGGUAAUUUCUUGUAGAAAAAAGUUGAUAAAAUAAACUGUACGCAUAAAUGGAUAAUAGAUGCUUCAGGAUAAGGUCAGAAACUGGCCAUAAGCAAAAGAUGUAUCUUGUAUGAAGCCCAAAAAAUUUAUUUAAACAAUACAUUUUUUAUUAAAUUUAA